AUGCGGUGUCCUUCUCGCCAGCCGAAUUCAUGGGGACCUCCUUCCGAGUCCGACGCCAUCUCAAUUGACGACUUGUCCCCCCUCAUUCGUCUCAACAGCCUGAGAUGUAUCGAUAUCGCGCAUGUGUACCCAAUCAAAGUCACGGAUGCAGAGCUUGUAGCAUUUGCUGGUGCUCUCCCUCAGCUUGAAGCGCUGAUACUCAACGAGUGCCCGUCCAUCCGCGAUGUCGCGCCCACAUUGACCAUCGACUGCUUACCCGCCCUUGCGCAAGUACUCCCCCGUUUGGAGAUCCUAGGCUUAUUCUUUGAUGCGUCGAAUGAAGCCGCUUACAAGCCCGCCAGCCACACCUUCCAACGUCUCAAGCUCGCGCGCCUCAAUCGCUCGCCAGUUAACCACGGGCAGUGCCGCGACAUCGCCUUAUACCUAUCUACCGUCCUCACGGACGGCACGGAGCUUGACAUGACAAUCAAGCACAUACGCUUUGACGUUCUUACGAUGCCUUGUCCUUCAUGUAGGCAUUGGAAAGAGAUAGAUCGGUAUUUCAGCGUGAUCAUGGAGUCGAGGAGAUGGACAAGGGAAGCUCGGGCGAUGCUUUCAUUACAUAGCUUGACGAUGUAA